CUUAUCAAAUCUACGUUAGGUCUGCCGCUUGCCGCUUGCAAGUCAUUCCUACUGUGGUUACCGGCCGGUUACGAACUGUAUCUUGGAUCCCCAAUGGCGGCUAAAUAUGGAAACAUUGCAUCUGUUGCGAAUUUCGUUGAAUAUUUGAAGAUACCCAGUGUCCAGCCCGAUAUAAAUUAUGAUGCGUGCGUAGCAUUUCUACAACGACAAGCCAAAGAAAUUGGUUUGUCAGUGAAAAUUUACGAAGUGGUACCCCGAAAACCUAUAGUCGUGUUGACAUGGCUAGGCAAGGAUCCUUCGUUACAGUCUGUACUGUUGAAUUCACACAUGGAUGUGGUGCCUGUGUUUGAAAAUAGCUGGUCUUAUCCUCCAUUUAGUGCACAUAUUGAUGACGAUGGAAAAAUUUUUGCUCGCGGUUCCCAAGAUAUGAAAUGUGUUGGUAUACAGUAUCUUGAGGCUAUUCGGGUCUUAAAACAAUCAGGGGUACAGCUGAAGAGGACCUUGCACAUUUCCUUUGUUCCAGAUGAGGAGAUCGGUGGUCUUGACGGAAUGAAGAAAUUUGUAUUGACUAACGAUUUUAAGUCUCUGAAUAUUGGGUUUGCGCUAGACGAGGGCAUGGCAAAUCCUACCGAAGAAUUCAUUAUUUUCAAUGGAGAAAGAAGCAUUUGGCAAAUCCAUGUGAACUGUACCGGUCCACCUGGGCAUGGUUCAUUAUUAAUUCCUAACACUGCAGGGGAAAAGCUGCGUUAUAUUAUAAACAAAUUCAUGGAUUUGAGAGAGCAGCAGAACAACAUUUUGCAGAGUGAUUCCGCAUUGACUAUUGGCGACGUAACUACAGUGAACUUGACUCAAAUUUAUGGUGGUGUACAAUCAAACGUGAUACCUGAAAAACUUACUGCUGUUUUCGAUAUAAGAUUGGCGGUGACUGUCAACCAGAUUGAAUUUGAAAAUCAGGUGAAACAAUGGUGCAAAGAGGCUGGUGACGGUGUUACCUUUGAAUUUGAACAAAAAAAUCCUAACGUGGAAUGUACUAAGACUGACGCAUCUAAUCCUUACUGGGUGGCGUUCAAGAAAGCGGCUGAUGAAUUGGGGCUGAAGUUGGAUAUUCGUAUAUUCCCUGGUGGUACUGACAGCAGAUACAUUCGUAGAGUUGGUAUACCGGCUAUUGGAUUUUCACCAAUGAACCUUACACCAGUUUUGCUGCACGACCAUGAUGAGUUCUUGCGAGCUGAUAUUUAUUUGAAAGGCAUCGACAUUUAUGUAAAAUUGCUAGCAGCAGUAGCUAAUGUUUGAUUUUAUCUUAUUAACAUAAAUUGUUUAUACAUAAAUAACCAAUAUUAUCAAGUUUAAUGUUUACUAUUUACCAUUGUUAAAAUUGAUUGAUGUUAUUAAAUAUAUUGCAGA